AUGGGGUUUAGCGGUGACAGGGACAACAAACACCACCACCUCAAUUUUCACCUUCACUUUCCCCACCUUCUUCAUCACCAUGUCAAGAACAACAAGGAGCCCAAAGACAUUCCAAAGGGCUGUUUGGCGGUCAUGGUGGGCCAGGGCGAGGAGCCACAGAGGUUUGUGAUCCCUGUGAUCUACAUCAACCACCCACUCUUCAUGCAGCUGUUGAAGGAAGCCGAGGAAGAGUAUGGCUUUGAUCAGAAAGGCCCAAUCACCAUUCCUUGUCACGUGGAGGAGUUCCGCACCGUUCAAGGCAUGAUCGAUAGGGAGACUUCAGUCCACUGCCGUCACCACCAUAAUCAGCAGCAGCAGCAGCACCACCACCACCAACAUCAUCAUGUCUUGUGUUUUAGGGUCAAAUGCGUAAAACUAGGAAGCUGGUUGUUGGAGAUAAGAAAUAGGGCUAAGGCUUAG